AUGGAUUCUGCAUCGGAAAAUGAAUUCGAUUACGAGUUCCAAACAGAUGAUGAGUCUGAAACUGAUGACGAAGAAAAUCCAUUCAUUGAGAGAUUAUGGACAAAUGUACGGUAUGUCGAACACUUUGAGUACCCACAUGAAAUUAAUUCUUUCUGUCGCCGUAUGGGUCCAGUGAGCCCCCCGGGGGUUGAUGCCUCUCCUGUUGAGUAUUUUCACAAAUUAACAGUUCCAGAAGAAGGGAGAAAUUUAAUUGAAAUUUUGGUGGAAGAAACAAAUAGAUAUGCGGAUCAGUUUUUAUCUAAUCCUCAAUAUAGUCCUAAACCAUACUCAAGAAGUCUUCAGUGGUCUGAAACAAAUGUUGAUGAGAUGUCUGCCUACCUAGGUUUAUACUUAUCUAUGGGUAUUUUACGGAAACCCAGUAUAGAGGCAUACUGGCAGAAUUCCGAACAAUCCUUUCUUUUCCGUACACCUGGAUUUGCUGAAAUCAUGACGCGAGACAGGUUUCAGAUAUUGUCAAAAUUUCUUCACUGCAAUGAUAAUUCAAUGCAAGUACCACGUGGAAAUGACAAUUAUGAUCCAUCACACAAGUUUAGACCUAUUUUGGAUCUUCUCAACGAAACAUUUCCAAAGGCAUAUGACUUAGCUCGAGAUCUAACCAUUGAUGAAAGCAUGGUUGGAUUUAAGGGUAGAAACGACAUUGUGCAGUAUGUACCGGCCAAAAAGUCGCAUCAGUGGGGAGCAAAGUUGUUUGUGCUGGCAGAAUCGGACACAGGCUACAAUGCCGCAAUUCAAUUAUAUGCAGGUUAA